AUGCCGUGUCUGCUGGAGUGUCGUGUUCUGGUGGGGCUGGUUCUCGGCGUAACCUGCGAGCACUGCGGGCUCUUCAGCACGAGGGGAGGCAAAGAGUCUCAGGAGGAGAUCACUACUACCCCUUUGCUGCAUCGCAGACCCAAGUACCAUGGGCUCCCUCGGCUUCUGAGCAAGGCAGGCACCAUUUGCUCGUCUCACAAAUACCUGAUGAAGACCACCGACUCGGGCGACUCGGCGCAUCGCAAGCAGGUGGAAGACCAGAUCAACUAUGACCACCUACAGAAGCUGGAGUGGAUGUUCCGUGAAGCAGAUAUUGAUGGUGGAGGAGGCUUGGAUAUGGAAGAGUUUAGGAAAGCGAUGAAGAAGAUCACGAGCAGCCUUUCCGAUGAAGACAUCGAUGACAUUUUCAUGAAGGUGGACACGAACUGUGACGGCUCGGUGGACUGGGAGGAGUAUCUCAAUUACAUGCUGUGUGAAUACCGGGGGAAGGACGACAUGCAGAAAAGCAAGAUGUUCCCCGGACUUUCGAUGAACAUGAAGACUGUCCCAGUGUCCCACGCCGAAGAGAUUGUCAAGAUCCAGUUUUUCCCCAACCAGAGCCGGAUCAUGAAAUCCAAGAAAGGCAGCAGCACCAACAUUGGGAGCAGCCGGUCUGCCUCUGGGCGCUUCCUCACCGUGAGCAGAGACGGGAUCCUACACUACUGGAGUGACUCCUUCACGCUGCUUCGGACCGUUCAUCUGGACCAGAGGAAGCGGCGCCAGAGUUUGAAAUUGUGGGUGAUUGACAUGAUAUGCCUGCCGAAUAUCAACUUGAUGGCCAUCGCAUCUACUGAGCAAGAUAUUGAGUUCUUUGAUAUUGGGGGCAACAAAUGCGACCGCCUGUUUUCCCUUGUUGAACUGGAUGGAUGUGCCACAGCCAUGGAUUACUGGACAGAUGGAUACAAAGGGGUGUUUUGCGUUGGAGACGUGAAAGGGAAUAUCUUGAUUUUCACCUCGGUGAACGUCGUGGCCAACGGGCUGUUCAAUGUUCGAGGCUACAUCGGUGGCAUAGCGCAAGUCCCGGUGCAAACUCUCAUGAAAGGCAAGACAGACGCAUACAAGAAUUUCACAGUGCUGCCCCGGCAGCCUUCAUGUUUGCAGCAUCUCGCCUCCUCCCCUGCGCAGGCUCUGCACGAAGACUGGUGCCAGCAAAUCAUGUUCAUCCCCCAACUCAACCUGGUGGCCUCCUGCACACCGGCCGACAAGACCGCCAUGGUCCUGACUUCGCUGCCGCUGCACAAUGUUGGUAAAAUCCAAUCUGCCGUGAUCGUACUGAAGAAAGGCAUCCUCUGCUUCGACUACGCUUCUGAAAUGAAUAUUCUUGUGACUGGAGGGUAUGACCCGCUGAUCCGAAUCUGGAACCCGUAUGUCACAAACAGCCCCAUAACGCAGAUGAAGGGCCACACGACUGCUGUCACUCACAUCACGGUGAACAAGCAGAGGAGCACCAUCAUCAGCAUCUCCAAGGACAAAAACAUCCGUGUCUGGGACUUGCUGGAGCACGUCUGCCUGCAGUCCAUCCAUGGCAGGAACGUGCAGCUCGGAAACAGUCCCAUUUCGGCCGCCUACUAUCACGUGGCUUCCAAUUUUCUGGCUUGCGCCACUUAUAUGAUAGGUGUGUUCUUUGGGACAGAAACCCCUGAGGCAGAAAGCAAAACUCAGGAGUUGCCUGUGUGUUGCACUUUGUACAACAAGAACUUUAAACAGGUAGUGAGCGGCUACUACAACGGACUGGUCACGGUUUGGAAUAUUAUGACUGGGCAGAAAAUUAUGGAGUUCCUAACGUCAGAAGGCAAGUUGGUGGAGAUCACGGCGAUGGCAUUUGAUGCUCCGGAGAGGAGGUUGAUCACUGGCCUGAAAAACGGGGUGGUCAAGCUAUGGAAUUUCAACAAUGGCGCCUGCCUGGCUGAGCUGCCUUCAGUGGACAAGAAUGAGAUAAGCUGCGUCUUAUAUCUGAAUAACAAGAUUUUUGUGUCGGGGUGGAGUAGGAGAGUGACCUGGUACCUAGACACCAAGGAAGAAGACAAAGUCAUUGAAUGUAAGCACUGGAAGUCGUACCACUCGGAUGAUAUCUUGUCGAUGAGCAGUUAUAGCAAUAAGCUGUUGGUGACCUCGUCCUGCAAUGGAGACAUCGUCUUGUGGAAUGUGAAUUCUGGCCAGGCGUUCUGCAGGUUUAAUGCAUCCCAGAGUCCUUUGGCCCUUUUCCCAAAAAGGCCAGCCUGGUACAUGCAAGGAAGCACCAAAAGCGCCAACCUACUACAAGUAACAGAUUCUGUGGAAAGUGGUGAAACCAGCCCUCCGACACGAGAUGCGCUAGCCUGGAAAGAAGAAAUUCAGACCACCCAGGUUGCUGUUGAGAAGGUUAAGUUCCUGAAUACUCGUGAGCGCGAUCCCAACACGGCCAUUUUGCUGACCAGCUGUUCGGAUGGGUUUGUCUACGCCUGGGCGGUUGGCAGCAAAGGUGGAAUGAUGGGCAAAUUUCGAGGAGCCCACGGAUUCGGUCCGGAAACAGUGGUCACCGCCAUGUCCACAGAUACGAAGGAGUUGGUCCUUUUUACCGGAGAUUCCAUGGGAUACAUUAAAGUGCAUGAAGGCUGGGUGACGUCCUUGGUCCCCCCACCCUGUCUGAGUUCUUGGAGGGGCCACCUGAAGAACAUUGGCAGUAUCAGUUAUGUGGAAAGGUUCAGAGUGAUUCUCACUUCCAGCCAGGACUGCACCAUCUCACUCUGGAUGCUUUCAGGCAGGCAUGUCGGGACCUUUGGGCAGUCGACCUGGAAACUCGGAGCCCCUCCGGUGGGAACUGCGGAUGUGCCGGAAGAGAUCCGCCGCGUGGGCUCCCUGCACACCCUGAGAGUUUUGAACGAAGGCAGACGACCCCACUGGGAGAGCACCCGCAGUAUCCUCCACGCCUUGACCGUACAGAAGAGGGAGCAGUCCAUGCUGAUGGAUUUCCUGCACAUGAAGUCAAGCGGUGCCAGCCCUGCGGCGGGCAGAAUGCAGGAGCUGCUCCAGAAGGAGACACGGAUCAUCCAAUAUUCGGAUGGUCAAAUUGAGGCUGCGUUUCGGAAGUGGGAAGAUUCGGGAAAGAUGAAAAGCGACAUCCUUGGCCAUGCCUAUAAACAGAAGGUGCCCCGGCCGCUGCUGAAGGAGCUUCCUGUCAUGAAGAAAUGUUUGGCCAGCAAAGAGCAGGCCCGGAUCUACCACUGUAUCCAGUACACCGAUCUCCAGCAAGUGCCUCCCACUCAGAUCCCUGAAAGCCUGAAAGAAGCACAAAUGAUCCAGGGCUUGUCUGACCUACGGGCUUCCAAGAAGGCCAAGAGAUGGACGGCCCUCAAAGGCUUUGUGACCAAGCCCACCGUGAAGAGCUUCAUGUUGCGCAAGCAGGCUCUUUAUACCAAAGACAUCAGCCCUGCUGCAGGCCCGGCUUAA